AUGGACUCUCCACCGAAUUUUCUGGAUCGUCAUUGCGACUGUUUCGAUGAUGAUAUGCAAUUCUUCCAGAAGUCGUUUCAGCGGAAAAAUGUGAGUUUGAAAAGGAUUAGGGGGUGAAAAUACAGUAUAAUUGAGAAUUUGUUUUUAGUUGUAAAAUACGUUUCUAAUUAGCUAUGUUAUUUAUAUUAGGCGUACAACUAAUUUCAGCCCAAACCGCAAGUCCUUACAAAAGUCGGGGACAACAGUUUCUUCAAGCUUUCGAAGAAGGUCCCUCCAACUUGGAAUCCUCGAGAAUCACAUGCGUGAGUCUUCAUUUUUAUAUUCGCACUUUUCACUGUGGAUUUUUGCCUUUGCGCACCGUGCAACCUCAAAAAAAGCCGAUUGCACUGUGCAAAUUUUUGAGCAAAAUCGCGGCGGCGCAGUUGAGAAAAGCUUACGUCGCAGCGAUAUUUCAAAUCACAGUGCAAAGCCAAAAAAAGGUGAGUGCACGGUGCAAAAGAUCGGGGAUUUUUUUUGCACUGUGUGGACCGCGGCAAAUGUCCAGGCAUCUCGAAAAGUCGACGGACUGUGCGAAAACAAAAGUUUUCUUUGCACUGUGCAAUUUUUUGCCUUUUGCACCGUGCAAUAAGCUUUUUUGGGUUGUCGCUCGCAUCCUGACUUUUUUUCGCACAGUGCACACGCCAAAAAUGAAUCCGGCGACUUUCCGACGGCAGUCGUAGGUCCUAAAAAAUACAUUGAUCUCAAAAUGUAUCUGUUCAAUUGACUUUUCAGCCCUGAAUUCUUUGAUCCGAUCUACAAGGCGACCCUCUGUUAUUACUGCUAUCUUAAUGAAUCAGAUGGAGAGGAAGGGGACUUGUUAAAAAUUCGACCAAUGAAAUUAUCGUUUCAUCUGGAUGACGAGACUUUUUCACUCUACGAACCGAUCACGGAUAAUUCAGGACAUAUUCAAGUAAGAGAACUUUGAAGGGAUAAAAAUUUUGAACCAUUUGUAAAAUAAAACAUGGUAUUAAUUACUUUAAAGGGUCGACAAUUCCAUCGUCAGCGAAUUCCGAGGAAUCCAAAAACCGUUGGGACCGAUUACUUGGAUUGGAAAGACGUCCAUGUUGGGGAAGAUUUGGUCUUAUUUGGAAGAAAAUAUCGGAUUGUCGGAUGUGAUGACUUCACCAAGGUACAGUGUUAUUAGUAUUUUCAUAAAGUGCAUGGAAUUUUUUUUCUUUGGCACAGUGCAUCCUGAUCUUUUUUUUGCAAAAUGAACCUUCAUACAACAAACCUCGUCUAUAACAAAUGUGUUUUUGAAACCGGUGAUUUGUUAUACUGAGUUUUGACCGCACUUCUUUGCAUCUGUUCACAAGGGUACCUUGUAAUUUUUGGUAUUUUUCGAAUUUUCUGGAGGAUCGAGGGAUUCAUGUGGACGAUUCGGAGCCAAUCCCGACUGAUGCUUGGAGCGUUUUUCGACACUUUCGACCGCAGAAAAUGUAUCGAGACGACGAGUUGACCGAGAUGAUCAACAAAGCUUCUCUUGAGGUGACUUUUACUAUUUUUAAUGAUCCAUUUUAGACCUUCUCUGGACCUAGAAUAUAUAGUUGCUACGUAGCAUCUGAACUAUUAGUUCUAGAAUUUGUCUUUCAUAUCCGGAUUAGUAAUCAGAAAAUCUCAAAAUUUCAGACCGAACUACCCUCUUGGGAGACCCUGCCCAUGAACUUGAUUUUCCAUGUGGCCUGGCUUGAUUCGAAAAAUGAUUUCCACGGAACGAAAGUCAAAAGGACAUUUCGAAUGAUCGCCACACCAGCUGAUGAUACUGUAACUUUGAUCGAAACAACUCCUGGUUUCAAUAAUCAAGUGUUUUUGAAGGGACUCAGGUUGAGUUAUUUGGCCAAAGGUAAGACCAUAACAUAGCCAAAAUUACAGUAAAUAUUAUCUUCAGAUCAGGUUCAUCGUUUCUAUCGAGUGGCCAAUUUCCGGCCCGGGAUUUGGAUCGACGUUUUCAAGCGUCCAAUGUACAUCUACGACUGUGAGGGAGAGGCCACAAAGGCGUAUAUUCGUCAGCAAUUUGGGACCAUUUCGUACGGAACUCUUCACAUGGAGAUCUUGGAGCGAGGGCCUCCAGCGGAGCAGUUUGAAAUCUUACCCAAUGAGCUCAUGUUCAAAGCCACGAAUGUGAGUAAGAUGUUGGCUUCGAAUCCGUUGUUUCAGGACGAAUUCCCGGGAGUCAAGUUUUUGAUCCUCUACAAUGUGAAUAAGCGAAAAAUCGACAUUUUCGAGGAAAGCCGGCUCAAACAAUGGGCCAAAGGGCGCACUUUUUUGUUGGACAUUGACGCCACCAGCAUGUCGUAAGUCUUUUACUUACAGUCAGAAUACUAUGGAUUGUAAUCCGACAGACCAAUAUCUUACUUAGCAAAUAAAAAAAAGUAAUUUUUAGGCUAGAAACCCUAAAGCCUGGGUCAAUUCUUCGACUGUUCAAAUGGGACUUCAAAUUGGGCGAUGCGAACGAGGUCACGGCCAAGUUCAUCAAAUUCACCGAAGACACCGAGGACACCCAUAAUGUUGAUUUGUAUAAUGAUGACUAA